CAUACAUGAGUUUUAUGUCUCUGUAUUAUGUAGCGAUCGAAAAUAUCAGUCUCUCCAUCAAAGGUUGCCUGUGAAGGUCGCAGUUCUCAUAUAGCCAUGGCGGAGAGCGAGCAAGUCAGACCACUAGCUCCGGCGGCCAACAGAUACCUCCGAGACGGCCAUGAUGAAGACACCAUCAGCAGCGGCAGAGCCACCCCUGUCCCAAUCAAAAGGCUCCGCCGUAGAAGAUUCAUCGUCAAGUGUUGUGGCUGCAUGACUGCUCUCAUUCUACUCCUGGCUGUUACAAUCAUAGUGUUAGCAUUCACUGUCUUUAAGGUUAAAGACCCGGAAAUCACGUUGAACGGCUUCAACAUCACAAAGAUCGAACUCAUCAACAACAACACGGUCCCUAAACCUGGCACCAACAUAUCCCUAACAGCUGACGUGUCCCUAAAAAACCCUAAUGUGGUGUCCUUCAGGUAUACCAACACCACCACAACCUUGUACUACCACGGCACCGUUGUCGGCGAGGUACGGGGACCGCCUGGCAGGGCGAAGGCACGUAGGACAGUGAGGAUGGACGUCGACGUGGAUCUCAUCACCGAUAAUCUCAUGUCAAGCUCUAACUUUACUGCGGAAGUGGUGUCUGGUAUAUUGACCCUGAAUAGCUACUCUAGGGUUCCGGGGAAGGUGAAGAUUUUGAAAAUUUAUAAGAAGCACGUGGUUGUGAAGAUGAACUGCACCGUUAGUGCUAAUAUUACUGCACGAGCAAUCCAAGAUUUGAAUUGUAAGAAAAAAGUUCAACUUUAGGAGUUGAUUUUUAUUCUAUACAUGUAUAAUACGUACGUGAGUUAAAGAUGAUUUGAUGUCAUGUGUAGGUAGAACAAUUCUGUUUUAGACUAUAGCAGGAUAAUAUAUUAAAAUUUCUAUAAUAUUUUCAAUUCGUUUGAAAAUAAUAUUCUUUUGUUCAA